AAAAUAUUUCUUUGGUUGCCACGACCAAACCUCCAAACGAAGUGGAAGCCCACCAAACACCGGCGACGAAGAGAUAAACCCUCCCUCCCCUCCUAUUCCUGUCCAUUUAUUUUUUAUUUUUUUAUUUUUUUUCAUUUUUCAUCUUUUAUUUUUUAGCUGGAUUUCUCAAUCCCUCAUCUCUUCAUGUCACAUACACUUCACUAUCUAACCAUCGGAACUGGAGGGGGAAUAAAACGAAAAUAAUAUGAUUUGCUUAUUGCCAUUUCUCAAGUAAAGCUCCUCCUCUACUCUCUCCUCCCACGGGUCUUCUCGACAUCUCUGGAUAUUCGCGAAUCCCAGGAAAAGGAGGCAGAAUAAAUAAAUUAAAUCUUUUGUGUACAAAAUAUAAAAAUCAUAUUAAAUCGGGAAAAGGAAAGGAACGAGGAACAAGGACACUUCGGAAGAGCGGGGCGUUUGGUUUUUUUUUUUUUUUUUUUUUUUUUUUUUUCUGCCUGCAGCUAAUUGUUGCUCUCGUCUGUCACACAUUCACUCCUAUCCCAGCCUUUUGAUAUACAUUGGACUUCAAAUUCUGAUCUCCAUCACUGGAGGUGGAGGGGGGUGUGUGUUGUGUCCGUCCGGUUGCGAGUUGUUAAAUAGACGGCUUGCAUCCCUACUUAUUUUUCACCGCGGUUCAUUUCCAUCCCUAUUUAACGGCGAAACCGCUACUCUGGGCAAGAUCAAUCAUACCAACUCCCCGCCUAGCUAUAGGCAUCAUAGCGACACGCACAAAGACCAGCAACCAACAGGAGACAGGAGAGGAGAAAAAAAUAGCCCACUGAAAUGGUCUCUGCAGUUCCCGUCCUCCUUGCUCCGACUGCGGUGAACCCAAGAGCAAUGCCAACCCCUUCGUCGAAGCUGAAACCUUCAAAGUCUAUCCUCAAAACCUCUACGUCCAUACCCGCUACGAGCACAAUUGGCCAAAAGCGCAAGAGGGUCGAGAUGGAUAUGUCGUCGGGCAGCAUUUCGGACUUGGGGAUUUCAUCUGAUGAUCUGGACGACGAGGAGCAGGGCGGCACCAGUCCUGUGACAAUCCCUUCUUCCCCCGCGAAGAAACGGGCGCGCGUCACGUUUGAGAUGGAUAUGCCGAAUACGAAUCACCGACAGCAGCGGCGGGAUGAAGAGGCGGAGCAGCGCGGUAUUGGUAGUAAUAAUCCUGGAGCUGGAGCUGGUGCUGCCGCUGCCGCUGCGGAGAAAGGCACAGCGAUGGUGCGCGAGGAGGUCCGUCGAGCCAUCCAGCGCCAUUUGAUGGGCGACAGCGAGGCGUAUGACCGCGUCAAGGAGAUAUUUACGGCGGAUCCCAAGGAGCUGGAGGAUGAUGGGUCGCCUGUGUAUGACCUGCCGUCUCCGACGUCGUUGAGGAAUCACUUGCUGGGUCUGUUUUCGAACGUGUCGGCGCUGGAUGGGAGCUGUAGUGGGCUUGUGCAUGCGGUGUUGGGGAGCGAGUGGCUUGGGAGAGACGAGGGUUACGUUAAGCUCUUUGUGAGGUUUUUGGGCACGUUGGCGGCGGCUAGGGGGACGUACUUGAAUUCUGUGCUGAGGGUUUUGGUGCAUGGGUUGAGGCAGGUUGGUCCUCGUGUUGGAAAGCUGCCCGGAUAUCCCGUUGUGUACCCGUCGGAGAUCUACGCUAGAGUUCACAUGGCCAUUAGAUAUAUCAUUCAGCUUAUCCCCGCCGGUAGCGGUGCUUUGUCGCCUCUGAUUGCGUCCAGCUUCCCCUAUGAUACGGACACCGCGAAGGCGCAUAUCGUGUAUACGCGGAAUAUCAUCAAAAUCAUUGACUACGCCCCCGAACUACGUUCGGAUAUCCUUGCUCUCGUCACGGAAAAGCUCGUGAAGAUUGAUGUACAGUUCCAGGUGGAUUUGGAGGAUGCAGAUGAGGAUAUUGAUGAUGACAACCCCAUCGCAAUGUCUUCGCCGGAAGCAAUAGCAUUAGGCGAUGAAUACGACGAUGAGGAUUCGGAUACGGAGACGAUUGCCAGUGAGGACGACGAUCUAAGCGAUAUCGAAGCUCAACGCGCCAAACAACGAGUAGACACGAAGCAAAAGAUCGACUUCAUGAUCGACAUUCUAUUUGAAUACUACUCCGUACCUUUCAACUAUGGCACAGUCGACGAAAAAGAGACUGCCAACGACCUCCUCCUUUCACACUUCCAAACCAUAAUCCUCCCCACCUACCGCUCCCGCCACACCCAAUUCCUUCUAUUCCACUAUUCGCAAUCCUCUCCAAUCUUCAUCGACCGCUUCGCCACCACCUGCGUGCAGAUCAUCUUCUCCAAAUCCCAACCAACCAUCAUCCGCCAAUAUGCUGCCGCAUAUCUCGCCAGUUUCGUCGCCCGAGGCGCCCACGUCUCCAGCGAAGUCGUCCGCGACGUCUUCGACCUGCUCGGCACACAUCUCAAAAACCUCCAGAACGAAUACGAACCCACCUGCCGAGGGCCCGACCUGAAACGCUACGGCCCUUUCUACUCCACCGCCCAAGCCCUCCUCUACAUCUUCUGCUUCCGCUGGCGCGACCUCACCACCGCCGCGCUAGAAGCCGACAUCACCAUCACCCCAGCCUCCUCAGACUGGCUAGACAACCUCGACCUCGACGACGCCCGCUUCCCGCCGCAGAUCAAAGACGUCCUCCACCCGGCCAUCAACUCGAAACUCAACCCCCUCAAAAUCUGCUCGCCCGCCAUCGUCUCCGAGUUCGCCCGCCUAACCCACCACCUCGGCUUCAUGUACCUCUACUCCCUCAUCGAGACGAACAAGCGGGUCCGCAUCUCCUCGUUCCGCAGCCUGACGGCGCUGGCGAUGGAGUCGCGCUUCGGCCACGUGGAGCGCGAGACCAAAGCGGAUGACGACAUGGGCCCGCAGCUCGAUGCGUAUUUCCCGUUCGACCCGUAUCAUCUGCCCAGGAGCCGGCGGUGGGUUGUCGGUGAUUAUUUGGAGUGGAGGGGGAUUCCUGGGGUGGAUGAUCGGGAGGAUGAGGAUGAGUUUGAUGAUGAUGAGACGUCGGAUGCGAGUUUUACGGGGGAUGAAGGGGCGGAUAGUGAGGAGGAGGGGGGGACGGGGACGGGGACGGAUGAAGAUUGAAAUUAUUUUAUUGGCUGAUUUUAUGUUAUGAUUCUCUUCCGCCCUUUGAUGUAAAGAGGGAGGGGUUGAUUGAAACCUUGCAUUACUUUAUAAUGGAGGCAAAAAUAUGAAAGACGACAUGGCACGCAUUGGACAUUUCUAGGAAGGUUUUGCUUGCUUUGGUUGGGUUUGUUUAUUAUUAUUAAUUUUUUUUUUCUGCUUUAUCCUCUCUGGAUUUAUUUACAGCCUCUUUUUAACCCUAUUUCCCUCUGUAUUUUAGCGACUCUUUUUGUUUUUUUUUUUUUUCCCGCGAUAUUUCUUGUUUACUCAAACAUCUAUUCCAGUCUCAUUGGCCUUGUGUUAUCCAUUUCUCUUUUAUUUAUCUUUUGUGGGAGGGGAACAGUCCCCUUUUCAUUGGUUUAUGUCCUUUUAAGUCAUGGCAUCAUGGCAUCAUGAGCAAAUAGCCUGGCUGGGAACAGAUGAAUGCACCUCUUUAUGAACUUUUACAAAAAGAAUCGCAAGUUAUACCUUCUUUUUUUCAAAGAAUAUGAUUUAAUAUAUUAUUUUUUACCAUUUAUCAACUGUCAACUCCUGCUAUCUCAAACUAAACAUACUGUACAUAAUAUACAUACAUACGCAACGGGUAAAAUAAUUAAUCAAACGAACGAACCCAACCUAGGCUCAAAAUCCCUCCCUCUCUGCAUCUCCCCUCUCAUUUUCGUUUCAAUCCCCAAACAAGUUAUUCCUAAUCUCCUAGGCCAGUCGGACUGAAAAGGAGAAACAAUUAAGGGUACCCAGGUCGCCAGGGAAAGAGUAAGAAAACCGAGAAUGAAGUAAAGGAGUCAAAGAAAA